AUAUAUAUAUAUGCUUAUAUCAUUCUCUUUUUCUCUCACACAACAAAUCCUUUCAUUAAUCUUCAAUCAUGGGUUACUACACGUUGUUUCUCACACUAACGUGUGUACUAUGUUUCAAUACAAUUUUUGUAAGAUCAAAAGAUAGCAAUUUACAAACAUAUAUUGUACAUGUUGAGUUGCCUUCAUUCCCAACUCUAACCACUAGUAGUCUUCUUACGGAAGACUUGCAAGCCUAUUACCAAACAUUUCUAGCGUCCACUUUAUCAGCCUCGUCGCCGUCGACCGAUGAGCCGAGCAUAAUCUACUCCUACCAUAACGUUUUCCAUGGCUUUUCGGCCCGAUUAUCGCCCGAGCAAGUUAAAGCAAUGGAGAAAAAGCCCGGUUUCAUCUCGGCUCGGCCUCAGAAGACACUCUCCCUCCACACAACCCAUUCACCCAACUUCUUGGGCUUGAAUCAAAACACCGGAUUUUGGAGGGAUUCGAAUUACGGUAGAGGCAUGAUCAUCGGAGUAUUGGACUCCGGUGUGAACCCUAACCACCCAUCGUUCAACGACGAUGGGAUGCCCCCGCCCCCUGCUAGGUGGAGGGGGCGGUGCGAGUUCAACUCCACCAUUGCGCGGUGCAACAACAAGCUCAUCGGUGCUAGAUUCUUCACGAUAGGCGACGGGACCCCGUCUGAUGAGGACGGGCACGGGACCCACACCGCCAGCACCGCAGCCGGGAAUUUCGUGCCGGGCGCCAACGUGUUCGGCAAUGCGAACGGAACUGCGGCUGGGGUCGCACCUCUCGCUCAUGUAGCUACCUAUAAGGUUUGUACUACUACUUGCGAGGAGAGCGAUAUAGUGGCUGCGAUGGAUGCUGCAAUCGACGACGGCGUCGAUAUCAUUUCUCUAUCACUCGGUGGGCCCGCUCAAGAUUUUUUUGGUGAGAACAUUGCGGUGGGGGCUUUUAGUGCAAUCGAAAGAGGUAUAUUUGUGAGCGCCUCGGCCGGAAACAAUGGCCCAUUUUAUGGUACUGCCCAAAAUGGUGCUCCGUGGAUUCUCACCGUUGGGGCUAGCUCGGUCGACCGGAAAAUCCGGGCGACCGCAGUCCUCGGUAACAACGAAGAGUUAGACGGAGAAUCGACAUUUCAGCCUUCCGAUUUUCCGACGACUCUCUUGCCUCUUUUUUACAGCCCGAACGACUCAUUUUGCUCGCCCGCGUCUUUGAGAAGCCUCGAUCUUCAGGGGAUGAUCGUUUUGUGCGAUAACGGAGGAGGGAUCGGACGAAUCGCGAAAGGCCGGGCCGUCAGAGCCGCCGGUGGUGCCGCCAUGGUAAUCGUCAACCAACAACGUCAAGGCUUCACCACAAACUCCGAUUCCCACGUUCUCCCGGCCACACAUCUCAGCUACACCGACGGGUUGAGAGUCAAGGCCUAUCUAAACUCAACGGCGUCGCCGACGGCCACGAUUUCGUUCAAAGGGACCGUAAUCGGCGACGACCGCGCCCCGCAGGUCGCGGCGUUUUCCGCACGGGGCCCGAACCCGCCGAGCCCCGGCAUCUGA